UUAUAUACACAUAAGUAGACACCUAGGUAAUACAUAUGUACGUUAACAAAUACGAUCCAGUCGGCAAGAUUAACUUUUAUUACAUUAUUUCUACUUAAAUAAAAAUUUUUAAAUGUUAGAAAUAAGUUUAACAAUGUCUCAAAUGUUUCGAAAUUUUAGAAAAUGCGUGGAAAGUUACAGGUUGUUAGAAACAAAAAUUUUAAUAAAUUGUCGAAAGACAAGUUAUUCCUUUUAUUCGUCAAACUCAUUACAUUCAAAUGAAAUGAAAUUGCCAAACCUUUAUCGACAUAUAUACUCAAAAAUCGUAGCAUGUGGGCCUAUGACUGUUGCUGAUUAUAUGAAAGAAGUUUUAACUCAUCCAACUGCCGGUUAUUAUAUGAGUAAAGAUGUCUUUGGAAAAGAAGGUGAUUUUACAACAUCUCCAGAAAUUACACAAUUAUUUGGAGAAAUGAUAGCAGUUUGGAUGCUCCAUGAAAAAAUGAAAAUUGCUAAAGGUCCCUUUCAAAUCAUCGAAUUAGGACCAGGUAGAGGAACUUUAAUUAAAGAUAUAUUACGGGUAUUUAAACAACUAAAUGUCUUAAACAAUAUAUCAAUACAUUUAGUAGAGAUCAGUCCUGCAUUAUCAUUAAUUCAAGCAAAUAAUUUAUGUAAAACGAGUAAAGAACACAAUAUUGAAACAAAUGAGUCCGAACACGAUUACAUUACUUAUUAUAGAGAAGGUGUUACAGAAGAUGGUAUAAACAUAUAUUGGUAUCAUUCUGUUAAAGAUGUGCCCAAAAAAUUUAGUAUAUUUUUAGCACAUGAAUUUUUUGAUGCUUUACCAAUACAUAAAUUUCAGAAAACUAAUAGUGGAUGGAGAGAAGUUCUAGUGGAUAUAAUUGAAGGAAGCAAAGAAGAAAAGUUUCGUUAUGUAUUAUCAAAUGCAGAAACACCUGCAAUGUUUUACAUUGCUGAUAAUGAAAAAAGGGACCAUAUAGAAAUCAGCCCACAAAGUCUGGUAAUAGUAGACUACAUAGCUCAAUAUUUGUGGGAAUAUGGUGGAUUCGCUUUAAUUUGUGACUAUGGACACAAUGAUGAUCAAACAGAUACAUUUCGUGCAUUUUCUAAACAUAAAGUGCACGAUCCACUAUUACAUCCAGGAACUGCAGAUUUGACAGCAGAUGUCGAUUUUGCAGCUAUAAAAAAUGUUGCAGAAAAAGACAACAGACUUAUAACAUUUGGACCAAUAGCUCAAGCAUGUUUUUUAAAAAAUCUUGGAAUUGAUGUACGGUUAAAAAUUCUUCUACAAAAUGCUACAAAAGAGGAGCGUGAACGUUUAGAAUCUGGAUAUCGAAUGAUUAUGGAUGAUGAUAAGAUGGGGAAACGUUUCAAAGUUUUAUCACUUUUUCCUUUUGUCGUAAAGGAAUAUUUUCAGAAAUUACCAGUAGCAGGAUUUUGAAAUGAAUAUAAAGAACGAGUCACAAAAUAUUAAAUCGAUAUUUAUUGUUUAUACAUUAAAUAAAAGAAAUAGAUGUAAUUUAAAUAGCAUUUUUUGUUAUUCAUAUUUCUAUGAAAAACGUUAAUGUAUCUUUACAAGUUUUAAUUUUAGGUACAAGUUUAUGUUUUAGAGUUGCAUAAUUGCAGAAAUCAAAUUAAGUAACUGUAAAAUCAUAUUUUCUUGACAUUUCUAAAAAUUUUAAUACUUUUUCUCGUUGUUGAUUAAAAUUUUCUUUUUUAGGUUUACGCCAAACAUCAUGAUUUAAAUCUAACAUUCCGCCGAUAAUCUCCUGAAAUGAUAUGUAUUAAAAAUUGUUUCUAUGAAUGAUAAUUCUACUUCUAAAGUUUAUUUGAAAAACAAAACUUACCUCUGCAAAAUUUGUUGGAAAUAAGUGUUCAUCUUCUAUAACAUGGGCAUAUCCUUUACCACUUUCAAAUUCGAUCAUGAAAUAAGAUAAACCAUUUGGUAUGGCUUUUCGUAUAUCCUUGUGUUCAAGUUCAAUAACUUUUUUAUUCAUUGACCAUUCUGUUUCACACUCCAGUAAUGCUUUCUACAUUAAAAAUUAUAAUAAAUUAUAAUAAUUGAAGUAAUUCGAUUCAUUAUAGAUAUAUAAUUUUACCUUGAAAUACAUUGGAAUUAAUUCACCUAUUUUUUUUGGUAAAGGAACACAUUCUAAUUGCAUAUGCAAAAAUUUGUGACGAUUUUUAUAACUUUCAUAGAAUACUGGAUAUUUAUUUUGUUCCGUAAACAUGUCAUAUAAAAUUCGUUUAAAUACCUAAAAAUAAAAUUUUACAUACUUUAUGUUCAUAAGACGUUAUAACUAUAUUUUACCUUUAAUUUUUCCCAAAUAUUUUCAUCUAAUUGCAAUUGACAAGCAAUAUGGUGUACUGGUGUAAUUAUACAAUGUCCUUCGGUUAAAGAAGUAUAAGGAGGAAGACUUAAACAAAUUUCAGAAUUCAUUGCAAUAAUCAUAUGUUUUAACAUGUAUUUGGAAUCUAUGCACCAGUGACAAGUAUCUAAACUUUUUGAUAGUCGUUUAUGUUCCUUGAUAGCAAGUGAACGAUCUUUUUCAUCCCGGUUUGUAUUUGAUUGAACUCGUGUAAUUUGUUCUUCAAAUAUUUCAUCCAUAUUCAUAUUCUGGAAAUUUAUAUAUUUAGUAAUAUGUAAUAAUAGUAAAAUAAGUGUUUUGUUUUCCUGUAUACCUUAGAAGCAACUUUAGCAAAUAGAGCAUCA